UUUUCUCUCUACCUUUCCCCCUUCCUUUUCUCACUGUCUGUCUUCACUCUUCUGAACCAAAAAAAACUCUGCAAAUCUAAAGAAGUCUCUCUGUUUCUUCUCUCUUUGAUCGAGAAAACCUGAAGAAGAGUCUAAUCCCCGCUCUCACAUUGUCACCAGAAGACUCUGUGUAUGAACUAGAGUUCUUCUUCUUCUUCGUGAAUCGAAUCAAUGGGUAGAGAAGUUCUGGUUGUGGGUAUUCUCAUUCUCCUCUGUUCUGAGUUUGUAUCUUCAGCUCCUUCAGCUAACUCUCCAGCAAAGAUUGUAAGUGGGUUCAUCUCAAAUCACGGCUCUUCACUCAUGAAAUGGUUAUGGUCACUCAAAUCCACCUCCACCAAAACAACAAUUGCAACGAGAUCGAUGGUGAAAUUCGAGAAUGGGUAUACAGUGGAGACGGUGUUCGACGGAAGCAAACUCGGUAUCGAACCAUAUUCGAUUGAGGUUCUGCCUAAUGGCGAGCUGCUUAUUCUUGACUCUGAGAACAGUAACAUCUACAAGAUCUCUUCCUCUCUUUCACUAUAUAGUAGGCCGAGACUAGUUACUGGCUCCCCUGAAGGAUACGCAGGUCAUGUUGAUGGGAGAUUACGUGACGCCAGGCUGAACCAUCCUAAGGGACUUACGGUUGAUGACAGAGGAAACAUAUAUGUGGCUGAUACAGUCAACAAUGCUAUCCGGAAGAUAAGUGAAGGAGGAGUUACAACAAUAGCUGGGGGCAAAACAGCUAGAAAUGGAGGGCAUGUGGAUGGACCAAGCGAAGAUGCAAAGUUCUCAAAUGAUUUUGAUGUUGUGUAUCUUGGAAGCAGUUGUUCCCUGCUUGUUAUCGACCGUGGAAACAAAGCCAUCAGAGAGAUUCAGCUUCAUUUCGACGACUGUGCUUAUCAAUAUGGAAGCGGGUUCCCUCUUGGGAUUGCAGUUCUCGUAGCUGCAGGUUUCUUUGGUUACAUGCUGGCCCUGUUGCAGAGAAGAGUUGGUUCUAUCGUCUCUUCUCAUGAUCAAGAAAUGUUUGAAGCUGAUCAUGAUCAAAAGCCAUCUAGACCGUCUCUGAUUCCAACUGGAGAGGAGCAGCAAGAAAAACAAGACGAAAGCUUCUUGGUUUCCCUUGGGAAUCUCGCUUCGAAUGCUUGGGUUUCUGUUAUGGAGAUCCUCAGAAUAAAGCAGUCAGCAGCCACAACAAACUUUCAGCAGUACCAAACAAAGCAGUCUUCUGCUGCAUUUAGCACAACAGCUCCAUGGCCUAUUCAAGAGAGCUUUGUGGUCAGAGACGAGGACGAACCUCCUCCUGUUGAGCACAAGAACCAAACUCUAAGAAAGACUUAUGCUUUUAUGUCUAAAGACGCGGAGAAAAUGCAGCAGCUGCGUCAGAGCCGUGCAUUCUACAGUAGCAGCUGGGAACCUGAGUUCCCAAAUCAGCAGCAGCAGCAGCAGCAUAGAAGGCAUUACUCGUCGAUCCCGCAUACUCACUAUGAGCAGAACAGUGAGCAGACUAAUGAGAUAGUCUUUGGGGCGGUCCAAGAACAGAGCAGCAAGCGUGCAGCUAAGCCUAAGGAGUCAGGAGAGCAGAUUAAUAACAAUAAUAAUACUCAACAGAAUCUUCACUACAGAGCUCAUUCUGUUAGUUACCCAUAUGGAUACUAUCCAUAUACAUGAAAAGUCUUAUGGUUCUGUGAGAUUAUCAGUCUUAUUGAAUAAGAUUAUGGAGGGAGAUUAUUACAAAUUUUGGGUAUAGGUUGUGUUUUAAAAUUUAUUGGGAGGGAGAUUUGGAGUACUUAGAUGUUCUUGUCUUGUAAGAGAAGUUGCAGACUUUGAUUGUAUUAUAUAUAAAAAAAAUAUGGUCUUUGUGAGAAAA